UCCAACAUGGCGGCCUCCAUGGGUCGCUGCCUUCUCUUCUUCAUUUCACUGCGCGGCUUCCUCGGUGAGGCGUCCGGCGACCUCGGCUCGGGCAGGGCCUCCCGCGACGAUGACUUGCUGCUGCCUUACUCCCGCACGCGGGCGCGCUCUGCCCGGGACUGCACAAGGGUGCGCGCCGGCAGCCGCGAGCACGAGAGGUGGCCGCUGUCCCCCUCAAACGCCGGUGCCCGCGGCCCCAACGUACGCAUCUUCGUCUCGCACUUCGCAGACCGGGCGGUGGCCGGCCACCUGACGCGGGCCGCCGAGCCCCUGCGCACCUUCUCGGUGCUGGAGCCCGGCGGGCCCGGCGGCUGCGCUUCAAGGCGCCGCGCCACCGUGGAGGAGACGGCGCGGGCGGCCGGCUGCAGCGUCGCCCAGAAUGGCGGCUUCUUCCGCAUGGAUACGGGCGAGUGCCUGGGGAACGUUGUGAGCGACGGACGGCGGGUGAGCAGCGCCGGGGGGCUGCAGAACGCGCAGUUCGGGAUUCGCCGCGACGGGACCCUGGUCACCGGGUACCUGUCUGAAGAGGAGGUGCUGGACACUGAGAAUCCGUUUGUGCAGCUGCUGAGCGGGGUCGUGUGGCUGAUUCGCAACGGAAGCAUCUACAUUAACGAGAGUCAGGCGGCUGAGUGCGAUGAGACACAGGAGACAGGUUCCUUCAGCAAAUUUGUGAACGUGAUGUCAGCCAGGACAGCCGUGGGCCACGACCGGGAGGGGCAGCUGGUGCUCUUCCACGUGGACGGGCAGACGGAGCAGCGGGGCAUUAACCUGUGGGAGAUGGCGGAGUUCCUGCUGAAACAGAACGUGGUAAAUGCCAUCAACCUGGACGGAGGGGGCUCUGCCACCUUCGUGCUCAACGGGACCUUGGCCAGUUACCCAUCCGAUCACUGCCAGGACAACAUGUGGCGCUGUCCUCGCCAUGUGUCCACCGUGGUGUGUGUGCACGAGCCCCGCUGCCAGCCGUCUGACUGCAACGGCCACGGGACUUGUGUGGAGGGGCGCUGCCAGUGUACGGGGCGCUUCUGGCGGGGCGCCGCCUGCAGCGAGCUGGACUGUGGCCCCGCCAACUGCAGCCAGCAUGGGCUCUGCACGGAGACCGGCUGCCGCUGCGAAGCUGGAUGGACAGGGUCCAACUGCAGUGAAGCGUGCACCAGCGGCUCCUUUGGGGAGGACUGUGCCAAGAAGUGUCAGUGUCAUAAUGGAGCCACCUGUGACCCAGUUCGGGGGACCUGCACCUGUCCCCCUGGCUUCACUGGCGACAUCUGUAUGCAGGAGUGUCCCCUCGGCUGGUACGGGCCAGACUGCCAGAGCCCUUGCAAGUGUGAGCACCAGUGUCCCUGCGACCCCCAGACCGGCAACUGCAGCCUCACCUGGUCACGCACCUUGAAUAGCAUCCUCUCCCGAGGUACGGGCCCUCCCAGGCUCCCCGGGGACAGCAGGGGGCAGACCCCUCCUCUCCCAACCUUCAGCCUCUCCCUGGCAUCUUGCAGUGAAGCAGUGUCUCCCGCUACCCGAGGACACCCUGCGGGCAGGAGAACUCUCCCUUUUCACCAGGACCACCUGGCUGGCCAUCACCUUGGCCCUAGUUUUCCUUCUGCUGAUCAGCACGGUGGCAAACGUGUCCUUGUUCCUCGGGUCAAGGGCAGCGAGGAGCCGGCACCUGGAUGGGGCCUACGUCUACCACCCACUGCAGGAGAUGAACGGGGAGCUCCUGGCUGCUGAGAAGGAGCAACCGGGUGACACCUGUAACCCUUUCAAGGACUGAAGCCUCUAGCUGCCCAUCAUGACCUGUUCUGGAGGCUCGUUGCCAUGAGCUCUGGCUUCUGCAGGGGAAAUUCCAAGGCCACUGACCAUCUGGGUGGUCUCGACCCACGUGCCAAGCCAGGCUUCUGACAGCACCUGUGCCUCAGCCCCUCACCUGGCCGCCUGCCGUGCAGGCGUUGCCGUGCAACCCUAGCGAUACAGCGCGCCCUGGAGAGACGCUGCCUCCUUCCCCGCCUGCCUGUGCCUGCCGCUCACGAGGCCUGUCCCCCAAGGGCCUGUCCUGCUGCUGCCAAAGAGCCUCCAGCCUCCUGGGGCAGGGGCGCUGCCAGUGGAACUCAUGAUGACCGAACUGUGGCCAAGUGGCAGGGUCCAGCCAGCCCCCUCGGAUGGGGUGAAGAGACUAUGGCCACAUCGAGGGACCCUUUUUUAUAGACCUCAUCACCGAACUUGCCAACUAGAAUUCUAUUUCCCGUCAUGGGAAGCUCCUUAAAGGGAAGAGGGGUGAAAUCAUGUUUACAGGCUCUCUAUUUUGUCCUGCCGCCAGAAGGGUUUUUCUACCACUUGAAUAAAUUGAUAUAAUAAAAGGACCCCUGGAGCGGCAUCUGAAUGCGGAAUCGUGGAAUUGAGGGACCCCUAGAUUUUGACAGGUGGGGCUGCUUAACCUGAGUCAGGGGCAUGUCCAGCUCCCUUAUCUAUUUUGUUUAAUCCACGGGUUCUCACUUUAAAGUGUACUCGAAUUACCUGGAAGAGCUUGCUAAAAAUGCAGAUUCUGGCCUGGGCUGGAGCCUCGGAGUCUGCAGGUCUCACUGAGCUCCCAGGUGAUGGCUGCAGG